UAGUUUUUGAAACACAGUUCAUGGUUUUCACAGUAAAGAUGAAUACAAAUAGUUAAGCAUGUGCUUACUACAAAUUUCUUACUGGACCACUAAGGGUUAAAUGUAUGUAUGUCCUUUUACCUUCUACCCUUGGCAUAGCAUGUGGUCUGCAAAACACUGAAUGACCAGAACGGAAAGGUUACCAGAUGUAGAAGGGUUCAAGAAGCCGUGCAUAUGCAAUGGAUCAAAAUAAACAAAACGAAGAUUAUGGUUAUCAGUUAUUUCCGGAGAGAAAUUCAGGGAAAUUUAAAAAAGGAUCUGUAGCAGAAAGCCUGUUCACUUUCAAUCACAAAUGUCAGGUCAUGCUGAAAGUUGCACUGGACACAAGUCCGUAUGCAAAAUUGCUUCUUGGUGCAAUGAAGCAAUCAGGAUGUACUGUUUAUAAAGAGAGGCAUUUCUCCUGUGAAGAUUGUGACGGGAUUGUCAGUGGUGGAUUUGAUGCUACAACCUCCCAGAUAGUGUUGUGCCAGAAUAACAUUCACCAGCAGGCCCACAUGAACAGGAUAGUAACCCAUGAACUGAUUCACUCAUUUGAUCACUGCCGUGCUCAUGUUGAUUGGUUUGAUAAUUUCAAACACUUGGCCUGUUCAGAGAUCCGGGCUGCCAAUCUUAGUGGUGACUGUUCUUUCAGUAAUGAGCUGAGUAGGUUUAAAUUUGGACUAAAACAACAUCACCAGGAAUGUGUACGAGACCGAGCCCUUCGUUCAGUCCUAGCUGUUCGAAAAGUGAGUAGAGAAGAAGCGGAGAAAGCUGUGAAUGAAGUUUUUGAAAGUUGUUUUAAUGACUAUGAACCAUUUGGAAGGAUCCCACACAGCAAAAAUGAUGCAAAAUAUGCUUACAGAGAUUUUCAAAAUCAAAAUCGAUAACUAUGCCAAUCUUUGAGAAAAAAAAAGACAGUUUAAAGGGAAAAGGUGCUACAAGUAAUACACAGAACAGUGUUGCUGUAUUUGAUCUGCAUUUUACACGCAACAUAGAUUUUCUGCUACUUUUUGCAACUGGUACAAAAAAUGUUAAAUAUGUACCAGUGAAUAGUAAAACUAAAUUGUGUGUUAAAGCCCACUGAGUCACCCACCACCUUCACCAUACAAUAUUGAAUUAACAGUUUCAUAUUUCUGAAUGCUCAUGGCAAUUGAUGGUUGGCCGGAAAUUGGGUGACAUGUCUUUGAUGAUUUAUAGCGAUGGAUUAUAAUCUACUGGAAUGAAAGACCUGUACCUACUUUAAUCAAAAUGUACCUCUUGAAGAGAAUGCAUAUUUAAAGUACUAAAAUAUUAAAUUAUAAUCAUGUUGCAUAAUCACAACAUUCAAUGUGAGACCACCUACAGUAGGGUGGUACAAUAUGGAAUAACUGGGUCAUUAUUUAUAUAAAUUAUUUUAAAAUCUCCAUUGCAAAUUCUAAUUGAAUCCUGACCAAGCAGCCGUGAAUUUAAUUAGGCAAGAUGUUGUUAAAAAGUACAGUCUUACAGGCAUUUAACAAAAACAACCCUGGGGAAGAUUCAAUCUCAGUCUUGUGUACUACCAACUAUAGACUCCGAAAGUGAUAACUUUAAAGAAGACACAUACAUUUUUGUUCUUAGCAUUGAAUUUUAAUUGUAUAAAGAGACAGUAGUCAAAUGCACCAUUGGUUGCUAUAAAUUCUGUAAUAAAUGUUUUGCAUUUUGUAGGCUUCUUAUGGAAAAUAUUUAAUCUAAACAUGUUUGGCUGACAUUACCAGUAAUGCAUAUCUUUUGUAUUUAUUUUAUUCAGUGUUGCGACUGUGUUUGCUGUGGGCCACAUCUCAUCUUUAGAUGUUGUUUGAGUGAAUAUAAGUCUAAGUAUGCUUAUAAAAGUUGUCUUAAAAUGAAUUGUGGUGCUCACUGAAGUCCUAAAAUGCAUUUUGUCCUGAGAGCAGAGAUAGCACAGUGCCAGUAUGUCAAUAGGAAUUGGAUUUUGCCCUGGUACAGCAUGCUGGCGACAGGCCUCUUAUUUACAGGUGAACGUUGUCAAAGAAAAAACAUUUUGAAGAGUAAGAAGCUGUAAUUUUGUUGUAAUUAAUAACUUAAAUACUGCUUUUUGUGUUUUUGUUUUGCUUAAUAACUUUGUGUUAAGGUACUUAACACAGACAGCUGUUCGGUUCUAGUUGCCUCCCAUAGAUGUAAUCCUUGGCUAGAUCAAUGUCAUUUUUGAAAUGAGAGCCAGUACUGUCUAAUGAUCUGCCAUGUUUCUGUAGUAUUCUGUAAAUACGAUUUUGCACUAGAUGCUGCUGGUGCUUACUAAUACAGUCUAAAUAUGUUCGGACUAUAUUACAUGUUUAUGGCAGGCAAAAAACAACUGAUGAUCUGCUACUGAACUUGUCAAAAAACAAACCCCAUAUUUGAGUAAUCACAAUAAGAACCACUAAAAAUGAUUGAAAACAAAAUAAGAGUAGACAACAGUACAAAAACUAAGACAUUGUAAAUUGUAACUACCUACUCUUUAAUUUUAAUAAACUAGUAGCAUACAACUCUCAACUGUUUGAAACUCAUUGUGUAUCAUCGUUUAUAUAUACUGCUUUACCACACUUCUGUGCAGUUUAUUAUUGAGCACUGUCUUUAGGAAGUUAACUGAUGCUAGGUGAUAAGGAAAAAUACUAUUGAAUAGUUCUACAUUUAUGUACAGCAGUAAAAUAAACUAUAUUUAGAUUUAAAAAUACCAAUAAAUACCUUCCAAAUGUGCCUUAGUAAAUAGUAAAUACCAUCAUUGAAAAUGUUAGUGGCAUGACGCCCCUGUGUAUAAGGAAUGAAAAAGACUCCUUUCAAACAACAACAAAAAAUAAAAAUAAAAAUCACAAAUUGCACUGUGGUAAAUCAUUUUGAUAUAUAGUGUUACUCGGCAGGUAGGUUGGCCCAAACAUCUUGGAGAACUAACCAC